AUGGCUUCUGGUUGGUCCUUCUGGGUCGGUUUCUAUGGGACUGCCGCACUGUUCCAUACGGUGUGGAGCGGGCAGCAGCCCCAGGAGAUAUUACUGGCGGAGGGGGAGCAGAAAUGUUCCUGCCAGGGUUUCAGAGCCUUCGCUCGUGCUUGUGUCCGCCUCCGCCCGUGUCUCCACCCACACCUGCGGUCUGCGUCCGCUCUCAGAGUUUGUGUGCGUUCUUUAGCUUUUUGGGCUCCUAAAUCUCGCUGCUCUCAGGAACAGGUCAGUGGUUACUUGGAUGAUUGUACUUGUGAUGUUGAAACUAUUGACAGCUUUAAUAACUACAAGAUUUUCCCAAGACUUCAAAAACUUCUGGAAAGUGUCUAUUUUAGAUAUUACAAGGUAAACUUAAAAAAGCCUUGUCCUUUCUGGAGUGAUAUGAACCACUGUGGGAGAAGAGACUGUGCCGUGAAAACCUGUCAGUCUAAUGAAGUCCCUGAAGGGAUUAAAUAUGCAAGCUAUAAGUAUUCCAAAGAAGCCAAUAAUUUUGUUGAAGAAUUUGAACAGGCUGAGCAACUUGGAGCUGUUGACAGAUCUCUGAGUGAGGAGACACAGCAAGCUGUUCUUCAGUGGGCUAAGCAUGAUGAUUCUUCAGAAAACUUCUGUGAAGCUGAAGAUAUACAGUCUCCUGAUGCUGAGUAUGUAGAUUUGCUCCUUAAUCCAGAGCGUUACACUGGGUACAAGGGACCAGAUGCCUGGAGGAUAUGGAAUGUCAUCUAUGAAGAAAAUUGUUUCAAGCCACAGGCGAUCAAAAGGCCUCUAAAUCCUUUGUCAUCACAUCAAGGAGAAAGUGAAAAAAACACUUUUUACACUUGGCUUGAAGGUCUUUGUGUAGAAAAAAGAGCUUUCUACAGACUUAUAUCUGGCCUACAUGCAAGCAUUAAUAUUCACCUAAGUGCAAGAUUUCUUUUAAAAGAGACCUGGUUGGAAAAGAAAUGGGGACACAAUAUUACUGAAUUUCGUCAGAGGUUUGAUACAAUUUUGACAGAAGGAGAAGGUCCAAGAAGACUUAAGAAUUUAUACUUUCUCUACUUGAUUGAAUUAAGGGCUUUAUCUAAAGUACUACCUUUCUUUGAGCGCCCAAAUUUUCAGCUCUUCACAGGAAAUAAAAUACAAGACACAGAGAAUAAAAAAUUUCUUCUUGAAACACUUCAUGAAAUCAAGGCUUUUCCUUUGCACUUUGAUGAGAAUUCAUUUUUCGCUGGAAAUACAAAAGAAGCCAAUAAAUUAAAGGAGGAGUUCAGGCAACAUUUUAGGAACAUUUCAAGAAUCAUGGAUUGUGUUGGUUGUUUAAAAUGUCGCCUUUGGGGAAAACUUCAGAUUCAGGGAUUGGGAACAGCUCUGAAGAUUCUGUUUUCUGAAAAUUUGAUAGCAAAUAUACCAGAAAGUGGACCUUCUUAUGGAUUUCACCUAAGAAGACAGGAAAUAGUGGCAUUGUUUAAUGCUUUUGGAAGAUACACAGCAGAUUGCCCUGCCCUGGGGCUCUACCUUGAGUUUUUGGUAAGAAGACUAGGGGGCCAGCUGUGGGUCCACCAACUACCCCAAACUGGGGUUUAUGUCCUGGCCACAAGACCCAGACUGGGACCCAUGGCUUUGCUCACAGCUGCUGCAGCACAGACUGUCCUGGACUGGAAUUCCAGACUUCACUGCAAGUUUGCUUGGAAUUUAAAGGGGUGUGUGUUAGCUUGGACUUCUUUUUGCCCAGGCAGGGUCUACUCAGGCUUUGGAUGUUCAGAACCUGGCACAGCAGAAGUGGAAUGA